AUGCGUGGCGUUAACAAUACCGGCGGUGUGAACUCCUCCUCCUCCUCCUCGCGGCGUGGAGGAAUGAGAUGUGAAUUCUUCAUCGGUGGUUUGAGGUGGAGGCGGAGAGGGGUAUUGGUAGCAGGAACCUGUGUGGCAGUAGGCAAAGCUGGGGUCACCGCAGUAGCAAAAAUAGCUGCAGCAGCGGCCCGGGUCGCAAUAAGCCCGUUUCCCGCCGCUCAAUGCGCCGCACCACCGGUUCGGCUCCUCGUCGCACAAGGAGCGAGUCACCAGGACUGCUGCGGCCCAUAUAACAACUAG